CCCGCACAAUAGCGUAAUAUGUGUUUAUGUUACGUUUUCACCGAAAAAUGCUGUGGAACGCACGCCCGCGAGCUCGUAACUAGCAUCUACAGCGCCUGAGCACCUAGGUAAUUAUGUGCCAAGUGGCGUAGCGGCGGCCCGCUGGACGUGUAAUCACUUUUCUGCAGUGCUUACGCAAAGGACGCCGCGGGCGCACUUUUUCCCUCGUAAAAGAGCUGUGCCGCGCGAGAACGCCGCCCGUGCCGUCGACGCCGAGUGGCGAGUGCACCCCAAUGCACGUAUGACGCCAAUCUACCGACGGUGAGGAGAGGAUGGCAAUUGUGAUGGUGGCAGCUAGUGGUGCCUUCAAACUGUUUGCAUGGACAGUGCCAAUGUGGCUUCGGAUAAUGCAUUCCAGAAGCACGAGACGAGGCUGGUGCAUUUGCUAGUGCCGCUGGACGCCACCGCUUCUGCGUGACAUUAUGAAGGACAUGGUAGGAAGCUGUUGUGUUUGUUCUGAUGACAGAGGAUGGCCUGAGAAUCCACUUGUGUAUUGCGAUGGACAAUCAUGUACUGUAGCUGUACACCAAGCAUGUUAUGGUAUUGUAACUGUGCCUACCGGACCAUGGUAUUGUCGCAAAUGUGAGAGUCAAGAAAGGAGUGUAAAAGUGAAAUGUGAGUUGUGUCCAAGUAAAUACGGUGCAUUAAAGCGAACAGAUAAUUCAGGAUGGGCUCACGUGGUGUGUGCGUUGUACAUUCCGGAGGUCCGCUUCGGAAAUGUGACCACUAUGGAACCGAUUCAAUUACAGCUGAUUCCUCAGGAACGCUUCAGUAAAGUGUGCUAUAUAUGUGAACAAAACGGAAAACCCUCCAGCGCCAGCGUCGGCGCAUGUAUGCAAUGCAACAAAUCGGGUUGUAAGCAACAAUUUCAUGUCACGUGCGCACAGAGUUUAGGUCUGCUGUGUGAAGAAGCUGGCAACUAUUUAGAUAACGUCAAGUACUGCGGAUACUGCCAACAUCAUUACAGUAAACUUAAGAAAGGAGGAAAUGUAAAAACGAUACCACCUUAUAAACCAAUCUCAAACGAGAACCAGGCAUCAGACUCAAGUUCAGAAAAGGAAACCGAUAAUAAGUCCUCUUCGCUGGGGAAACGCAAGUCGUCGGUCGGGAGCAAAUCGGCGUUGAACAAAGUGCCAACUAGUACGAAGACAACUUCGUCCUCAACCUCUUCAUCGUCGUAUUCUAAGAGCAGCACGAGCUCAUCGUCUACCACCAGCAACAGCAAUUCAAAAAGCGAUAAAACUAAAUCGAGCUCUAGUGUAAAGAGCAGUACGAAAGAAGAAGGAAAUACAUACGAUUCGAACGACGUUAAAACUGAAUCAAAGAGGGAAGAAAAAGAAAGUGGAGACAAAGACAAGGACAAGGGUAAGAAGCGCAAAGCACAUUCACGUACGCCUACUCCAAGUCUAGUCACAGAAACAGAAAACUCGACAGUUACGAAAAAAGAAUCAAGCACAAGUGAUCCAAGUGUGCUGGAUCAGAAGAAAAAGUUGAAAAUAUCCGUGCCUGUUGCAGAUAGGCAGAUAGAACAGCCGUUAUCCGUGACUACAUCAAGCUCCACAGUUGUUCAGCCAAACACUGCCACAAAUAGUGGUCCUCCUACGAUCACUGCCAUUCAGUCUCCACAGUCACUGCCUACUCCACCACCGAGUACUUCACAUUCAAUCAUACAAUCAGCGCCACCACCACCACCACCGCAACUUAACUCUGUAGUUGUUAGUGUUCCCUUGCACAACACAACAUUAUCUCCAAGUCCACGUCCUAACGCAAUAACUGCCACUGCUAAUAUUCCUUUACCUGAGGAAAAGAAACCGCCGUCGCCAGUCGUUGUUACUAAGUCAAGCACGCCUGAAAUCAUUGCACCAGCCAAGAUGAUUACUUCAGAGUUAAGUAGUACUGGUCUUAAGAUAACGUUUGAGAAACAAACCAUCAACACGUUGCCCGUUGAAGAUCACAUUGAUGCCGAUGAACCUAUAAAACGUUCUAGGUCGCAAUCUUCUGAAAAGACUGAGAAAUCUAAAUCGAAAAAACGCGGAUCUAAUGGAUUGAUGCAAGGAGUGAGCACGAUGACCAUUAAGAAGACUGGAAAGUCAUCCCAGUCAGUGUCACAAAAUAGCACAACCACUUUUGUCAAUCUGGCACAAAAUAGGGAGACAGUGAAAGACUCACCCCCGAGCAGUCCUAGUUCCGAGAGUUUAGGUGCUGCACCAACAACGACUGUGAAAAAGCGAGGCCGUAAAAGUAAUGCUCAACUGGCGGCGCAAGCUGCCGCUGCAGCGCAGGCGGCUCAGGCUGCACAGGUUGCUCAAGCAGCACAAGCAGCUCAAGCCGUACAACAAGCGCAGCAAGCUGCGGCGGCACUUAACAGCAGUAAAGACUCCAAAGACAGUUUGAAAUUGUUUCAAAAUGGCGUCAAUGCUCCGCAUAUGUUGGGUAAUCAGUUGAACUUGAGUUCGAAUAUGGCGCAUAAAAUGACGGAGCAUCUGAAUUCGGAGUUGGAAGCGCACAGCAUAUUCAGUACGAACGAUAAUUCUAAUUUGGUGGGUCCACCGCUUCAGCAUCGAGUUAUUGCAUCUGCAAGAUCUAGCAGUGUUGGAGGUUCUAGUACAGCAUCGGGGGGCAGUGGGCUUUCUUCAAUGUUGGGCGGUUCUGGCACCAUUCCACAAACGCUGGAUCAACUCUUAGAGAGACAGUGGGAACAAGGGUCGCAAUUUUUAAUGGAGCAGGCCCAACAUUUUGACAUUGCGUCGUUAUUAUCAUGUUUACAUCAAUUGCGUGCGGAGAAUCUCCGACUUGAAGAACAUGUUAAUUCAUUAUUACAGCGGCGAGAUCAUCUUUUAGCAGUUAACGCUCGGUUGGCAAUACCUUUAACACCACCGGCCACACCACAAUCAAAUCAUCCACAUACAGUGAACAAUAUUCAUCCCGCAGUGAGUCAUUCAGAAGCAUCACGACCACGACACAGCAGCGGCUACCCGCCUCACGUGCAGGGCGUCCCGCAGCACCCGCCGAGUAUGGAGAAUGGCAUUGCGCCUGACGCGUAUCCCCACGCACAUCGCAGUCCUGCCGGCACCCAGCCGCCUCAACCCAGUCCUAGACAAUCUUCUUCUGGUUACGCCAGCAGUGGAUUUAAUAGGCAGAGCAUCGAGAGUGCGGCAGGUCGCGGCCAAUCGGGCCAUCGGUACAAUACGAAUCAGUACUAUAAUUCGGCAAUGCAACUAGCCAAUACGCAACAGCAACAGAUGGUCAUAAGGACGGAUCAUUCACACAUCCCACACAAACCGGCGAACGGUUGAAGGUCUUUAUUCAUCUGACACGAACGACUGCUAAUAUCAUCAAACUCACCAAUCUCACUGACGGAGACACGCAACAUUAACAACGAGUACAAAAUGUAAAUAAAAAAGCGCAUCGACUGCAACUAGAAAAGCAAUUAGUACUUAACAUAGUCUUAUACGGAUAGGACAAACAUACAAAAUAAACAAUUGUGAAGUGAUUGAUCUACGAAGUAAAAAAUUGUUCUGGAGUGCAUGAGAAGAGUCAAAGUGAUUGUUUUAUGAACUUUUAAAAUGAUACUAAAUGAACUAUUGCUUGGAGGUAUAACGUGUGAAUACUUGUGUAGAGGUCGAUGGGUAUGGAAAACGUUUAAGAAAACGUCUAGAGUGAAUUAGCGUAGAUGACGAUUAGCUACAUUUAGUACAUAAGCUUCAGAUCUCAGGGAUGACUCUAGAAAUUAUGUGUUCUGUAAUUGAUAACGUUUUUAAAUCGAUUUUCAUGUAAAAUUUUAUCAUGUACACAUUCAACUAUCCGACUACAAUUUGUUACAAGGACUGGGUUGACCACUUACGAGGGCAACUUUUGCACAUUUUGCUCACUAAAUAGUCGUAAUGGUAGGACUAUUUUCUGUUUCUACUUAUUUGGCAAAUUAACCAGUGAUAUGCAGGAGUUCAACAGUUCGAAUUUGGUCGCUAAUUCUUUGGAACAAAGUGUAGAGCUGGAAAUGGUCACAAGAAUGCGCCAGUAUAUUAGUUCCAGCAAGAACACAUUGUUUUGCUAACAAAUUGACACGAAUUAUUUUAAUUCAAUUUAGGUGCUUGUAUAUAUAUAGACAUAUAUAGACUGUGUAGUCUAUUGAUUUUAUUUUAUGGUUAUUCUUGGGUAUAUUUUAAAGAAUUGAAAAUGCGGAAAAUAAUACUUUAUAAGAUUGAAAUUUGUGCUAAAUUUACACGGAAAUGUUUCUCCAAGAAGAAUGAUAUUGGAUAUUUAUUGAUUUUAAAGUAAAUAUUAGGUUGAAAAAAUAUAAUAAGGCUGAUUUUUCGUAUAAAUAAUUGAAUUAAUUGGAUUUUAAGAUUUAAAACUGGCAUGCCCUUUAUUCAUAUGUAAUUAAUUAAUUGAAUAAGUCCUAGUCAGACUUUAAAGUGUCUGUUUCUAUAUGUUAUGCUUUCUAUACUUAUUUUCCAAUCUCAUUGAAGUUGGAAUAUUACUUUAGUUGAUGGUAUUGAUGUACAAAUAUGAAAUGACAUAAUUCAUCGCGUUAAUAUUAUUAGACAAGAGAAUGAUUGAUUUUUGCAGAUACUUUCCAUUAUUCCAAACCUUGUAAAAUAUUCACACGCCUCUUUUGUAAAGUACAUAUGUAAUUUAUGCAGGCUUCAAAUAUUCAAGCAUGUAUCAAAUUGCACUACUGCUAUGAGAAAGUACUAAUUCAACGUCGAAAUUGUAUAUUUUUGAGAUUUUUUCUACUUUUAUACAUAAUUGUAAUAACAAAGACGCAGCCUGCAUUGGUAAAGUUGUAAUCAAAUUAUAUAUUUCUGUGGAUAAUGUGAACGAAACUUUAAUUUAGGCGCUAAUUGUAUAAAAAGUAUUGUAGAGUUAAACUUAAACGAAGAUAGAUUUUGCGUAAAAUGGUAAAUAAUUUAAACGAUCGAGGUUUGCAAAUAAAAUUAUGAUUAUUGUAUCGAAUUAAGUGAGUAGAGGACAGACGAAACGUAAUGAAAUAGUCUUAGGCAGAUGCAGUUACAUUUGGACGUGGCAAAUAAACGAAAUUGACUGAGUGUUCCUUUAAUAAGUUGGUAUUUGAACGCGAUUCGUAACGUAACGGAUAUUGUAGACAAAUAUUGUGUUCUUUGUAUAUUUUAUUAUACAUUUUUGUUUUAUUUUUAUUAUUAAAUAUUUUUGUUUUAGUUUUUACAAAAAUAAUAACUAAUUCUAUAGUAUUAGAUCCAAUCAUUGUAAUUAUUGUAAUAUUAAUGUAAAUACUGGCGCUACCGU